AUGGGCCCCCUUUACAAUCACAUCACAAGUCAGCAGCCCCCUUUAGAGGAGUGGCGCUCGUUUGUGCACUGCACGCACAUGGUGGGGCGAGAGCUGGGACAGCAGGACCAUUUCAAAGGGCAGGAAGGUAAUCAAAAGGGGAAAGGGGAGAGAGGGGGCGAGAGUGGUGCUUGUGUGUGCGCACUGGACGCACAUGGUGGGGCGAGAGCUGGGACAGCAAGUCCAUUUCAAAGGGCAGGAAGGCCUGUCGCACAUCAGCCCAGCCUCUGUGGCGCAUUUCUCGCAGAACAAGCUGCUGCCGCUGCUGCUGCUGACGCAGCGUCCUUUUCACAGUAUCCCUGUGCGGCUUCUUCUACUGGCUUCCAGACCAUCCCCUUUAUAAGAUCAGCAUCGGAGAAGCCUAUAAGAAUCGACUGCUCAUACUUGAUUGGCUGUGAUGGCGCUAACAGCAGCAUCCGGGCGGCAAGUUUCGUCCCGGUUCAAUUAUCCCAAAGACCAGACGAAACGGGGAAUGCAGCCAAUCAUAACUGGGGAAAAGGAGAGGACGAGCCGUUGAUAACGGGGCAGGGGGUGAAAGGGGAACUGCAGCGGGUGACAAUGCAGGGGCACAGGCAAUUGCAGCGGGUGACAAUGCAGGGGCACAGGCAAUUGCAGCGGGUGCUCUCGGUGCAUUUCUCCUCGCGCCCCCUCGGGUUGAGGCUGCUGGCUCUGCCCCGCCCCGCCAUGCUCUAUUUCGUUUACAACAAGGAGGGCGUGGGAGUGGUGGUGGCUCACUGCUUGAGAGAAGGGGAGUUUGUCGCUCAGUGCCUCCUGCUCUCCAACCCCCCGCCCCCAACGCGUUGGCCUUUCCUGAUUGACUACUUGGACUCCCCUGCGGCUCCCCAUGCCCCCAGAUUCCUCUCUUCUCGGACGGCCAGAAUGUGCCAACAAAUAAGGCCCCCCCAUCCCAUCCCAUCCCAUCCCGGUCUCUGCCCUCUGCCGACCUCCUUCACCUCUUCCCCCUCCAGAACUGAAUGUGAGCGCAUGGUGCGAGCGCUGGUAGGGGAUUCCACCAUCCCCAUCACCAUCUGCUUUGCCAAGCCUUGUGUCACAGUUGUUCAAGUCGCCUCCUUCCCUUUCCCCCUCCCUCCCCUCACACUAAUUGUUAGGAAUGAAUGUGAGCGCAUGGUGCGAGCGCUGGUAGGGGAUUCCACCAUCCCCAUCACCAUCCGCUUUGCCAAGCCUUGUGUCACGGACCGUGAUCACCUGGUGCGGGCGCUCAUAAAUAGCCACGUGUAUGAAGAAGUGUUUUGA